AUGACUACGUUCACUUUGAUCUUCCUUUGUGCCCUGGGCGUCUUCGCUGCUUCGGCUUUUGGUGCCAGGCUGGGAGGCCCUGAAGGAUCAUUCACAAAGCUGUCCACAGUCCAGACAAACCCGACUAACAUUGUGAACAAGCAUAAUAAACUGAGAAGAGGUGUUCAGCCUUCUGCUAGCAACAUGUUGGAGAUGAGCUGGAGCAGCGAGGCUGCAGUCAACGCUCAGAAAUGGGCCAACACCUGCUCCAUGAACCACAGCCCUGGAAGCGCCAGAGUCAUCAGCACUAGCGGCUGUGGAGAGAACCUGUACAUGUCCAGCCAGGAGGACUCCUGGAGCAGCGCUAUCCAGUCGUGGUACGACGAGGUGAAGGACUGGCGCUACGGAGUUGGAUCUACCAAUGGAGGAGUAGUCGGACACUUCACACAGCUUGUCUGGUACCGGUCCAACAAGGUUGGCUGUGGCGUGGCCUACUGUCCAAACUCUGCUUACAAGUACUUCUACGUCUGCCAGUACUGCCCACCAGGAAACUUCCAGUACUCUCGUCCAUACGCAUCAGGACCUUCCUGUGGUGAUUGCUCCAACGCCUGCGACAGCAAACUGUGCACCAACCCCUGUCCCUACACCGACCAGUACAGUAACUGUCCUGAACUGAAGCAGCAGUCGGGCUGCAAAAACAGAAACGUGGCCUCUUGGUGUGCCGCCUCCUGCAAGUGCGGGUCUAAGAUCUAUUAA